CAGAGAAGCAGACCGCGGCCGUUCCCGCCGACGCCGAGUUCAUCGGCCGGUGGUGUCGCCGUUAAAGAGGACAGCGGCGCGGCGAAGGGCCGGGGACCGGUCACCCCGGGUGGGCCUCACUGCGUCCAGCUGAGGAGGUCUGACGUCAAUCCCCUGCGCCGUGGGGCCAGUCCAGCGCAGCCAUGGCGCUCUUCCCCGCGGUUCUCAGUGAGGAGGAGGAAGCCUUGCAGAGAAAGUACAACAAGCUGAAGAAGAAGAAGAAAGCGCUGCUGGCUCUGAAGAAGCAGAGUUCGGGUUCACAGACCAGUCAAGGUGGCAUUAAACGAUCACUGUCGGAUCAGCCGCUGGUUGAUACAGCCACGGCCACUGAGCAGGCCAAGAUGCUGGUGAAGUCAGGAGCAAUCAGUGCCAUCAAAGCAGAGAACAAGAACUCGGGUUUCAAGCGCUCCAGAACCCUGGAAGGAAAGCUGAAGGACCCGGAGAAAGGACCAACGCCAUCGUUCCAGCCCUUCCAGCGCAGUGUCUCUGCUGAUGAUGACAACCUCGAGGUCUCCAAGCGGCCACAGCGAAAGCCUCUCUACGAAAGCUUUGUCAGCUCCAGUGAGCGGAUCAGAGACACAGAGAGAGAGCGAGACGACGAGCGGGACUCGGGGAAGGAGAUGGAUUGUGAGAGCUACAGAGAUACCGAGCGAGACAUCGAGCGUGGGAGGGAUCGCGACAGAGGCCGCGACAGGGACAGAGACCGGGACCGGGACAGGGAUCGGGAUCGUGACCGCGAAAGAGACAGAGACCGGGAUCGCGACCGGGACAGGGAUCGGGACCGUGGAAGGGACAGGGACAGAGACCGGGAACGGGAUCGGGACAGGGAUCGCGACGGCCCUUACAGAAGGUCUGAUUCCUUUCGCGCCCCGCGCAAGGGCAACACGGUCUAUGUGCACGGCGUGGGGAUGACCGAGGAGAUGCUGAGGGAUUCCUUCUCGCGUUUUGGCACCAUCGUCAACCUGACCACCGACAGCCCCAAGAACUGUGCGUUUGUGACCUUUGAGACAAUGGAGUCUGCCGACCAGGCCAUCACUGAGAUGAACAGUAGCAUGGUGGGUUCAGUCUACCUGAAGGUGAUGAUCGCCCGCAAGCAGCUGAUGCUGGAAACGGCCACGCGUAAAUCUGUCUGGGGGAGCCUGGCAGUGCAAAACAGUGCCAAGGGGUCCCACCGGGACAAGCGGAGCCAGGUGGUUUAUAAUGAGGACUACCUGGCAUAAGGCGGCCUCGGGGAGAUGGGUGAAGGAAGGAACGAGAAAGAAGUGACCUGGUACACGGGAAGGGGACCGUCAGAAAUAUCUGUAAGCCAGACAGGUCCCUCCUUUCCUGCUGCUGUAGACAUUCCAGCAGAGACAUCCAUCGCUCCCACCUCCCCGAGACGUCUCUGUACCACUCCUCCUCCCACCACUCAUACCACCCUGAUUUAACCCCUCCGCCCUCCCACCUCCUCCUCCCCUGCACCCUCCCACCUCCUCCUCCCCUCCAACCUCCUCCUCCCCUCCACCCUCCCACCUCCCCAAGACGUCUCUGUACCACUCCUCCUCCCACCACUCAUACCACCCUGAUUUAACCCCUCCACCCUCCCACCUCCUCCUCCCCUCCGCCCUCCCACCUCCUCCUCCCGUUCACCCUCCCACCUCCCCAAGACGUCUCUGUACCACUCCUCCUCCCACCACUCAUACCACCCUGAUUUAACCCCUCCGCCCUCCCACCUCCUCCUCCCCUCCACCCUCCCUCCUCCACCUCCCCCUCCCUCCUCCCCUCCACUAUCCCACCUCCUCCUCUUCCUCCUCUCCACCCUCUCACCUCCACCUCCUCCCCUCCACCCUCCCACCUCCUCCUCCCCUCCGCCCUCACACCUCCUCCUCCCCUCCAACCUCCUCCUCCCCUCCACCCUCCCACCUCCCCGAGACGUCUCUGUACCACUCCUCCUCCCACCACUCAUACCACCCUGAUUUAACCCCUCCGCCCUCACACCUCCUCCUCCCCUCCAACCUCCUCCUCCCCUCCACCCUCCCACCUCCCCGAGACGUCUCUGUACCACUCCUCCUCCCACCACUCAUACCACCCUGAUUUAACCCCUCCACCCUCCCACCUCCUCCUCCCCUCUGCCCUCCCACCUCCUCCUCCCCUCCACCCUCCCACCUCCUCCUCCCCUCCAACCUCCUCCUCCCCUCCACCCUCCCACCUCCCCGAGACGUCUCUGUACCACUCCUCCUCCCACCACUCAUACCACCCUGAUUUACCCCUCCACCCUCCCACCUCCUCCUCCCCUCUGCCCUCCCACCUCCUCCUCCCCUCCACCCUCCCUCCUCCACCUCCCCCUCCCUCCUCCCCUCCACUAUCCCACCUUCUCCUCUUCCUCCUCUCCACCCUCUCACCUCCACCUCCUCCCCUCCACCCUCCCACCUCCAC